AUGGUGGCCUUAACGCCUUUUCUUUUCACAACCGUGACAUCCAGUAAGGAAAUAUUGAGUGCCUCUGGGAACUUUACUUCUGGGGCAGAGGUUUGUCCCGUCCCUGUCUGUGGAGUGCCACCAACCGGCUUAAGUGGUUCCAGUGCAGGAGUCAUCGAUUUCGGUGGGGUGCCGGGCCCCGCAGCCUUUCCCUUGGCCGCCUGUGUUGGAAUAUUAGCGCACACAGCACACCCAUUUCAGGCAUUUGUGCUCAGUGUAGAGGCUGUAGGUCUUGAUAUUGAGUUUGCUGCACUUACGGUGAUAUCAUGUACCACAACAGUCACAGCAGAUGCCCUCGCUUACGCUGACUAG